AUGGGGCCAAAAAAGGACAAAUAUAAAGUUGGAGAUGUGUUGCAAUUUUCCUGCAGACAAAAACUUCCAAGAGUUGGACCAGAUUCAGUUCAGUGUUCCCAUUUUGGAUGGUCCCCUGAUCUUCCAACAUGUAAAGGGCAGGUAAAAUCAUGUGGUAUGCCUCCUCAACCCCCCAGCGGGGAGAUUAAGGAAACAAACAAAGAAAAAUAUGAACUUAACGAAGUGGUGGAAUAUGUUUGCAACUCUGGAUUUUUGAUGACGUGUUCUAAUAAAAUUCAGUGUGUAGAUGGAACAUGGACAACCUUGCCUCUAUGUAGUGGUAAUGGCAGUACGUGGGGUGAUGUACCUGGACUUGCUUAUGGUUAUGUUGUGGAGUCUUCUGCCCCUCCCUUUCACCAUGGAGCUUUAGUGGAGUUCAGUUGCAGAGAAACAUGUACAUUGAUUGGACCCAGAUCAAUUACAUGUGACAGUGGACGGUGGACCCCACUUCCUCAGUGUGUUGCAACAAAUGAACUUAAGAAGUGUAAAUCAUCACAGUUAGUUUCAUAUGAGGUGAUUGAUCAUAAUACCAACAUACGUUACAAAUGUAGAGGAAGAACAGACUACAAACACUCAAUCUGCAUAAAUGGAAGAUGGGAUCCUGAAAUACCCUGCACAGAGCUACAAAUGCAGUCAUGCCCACCUCCACCUCAGAUUCCCAAUGCUCGAGAUAUGACAACUACAGUGAAGUACCGUGAUGGAGAAAAAAUAUCUGUUCUGUGUCAAGAAAAUUCUAUAAUUCGCAAUGUAGCAGAAAUUGUGUGUAAAGAUGGAAGAUGGCGGUCAACACCACGCUGUGUUGACCCUAAAAGAAAAUGUGGGCCUCCUCCACCUAUCGACAAUGGAGACAUUACCUCAUUCCCAUUAUCAACGUAUGCUCCAGGAUCAUUAGUUGAGUACCAAUGCCAGUCCUUCUAUGAACUUCAGGGAAACAAGAAUAUAAUAUGUAGUCAUGGACAGUGGUCAGAACCACCAAAGUGCUUGGAUGCAUGUGUGAUAUCAGAAGAAGUCAUGGAUAGACAUAACAUACAGUUACGAUGGAGACAUGAAAAAAAAUUUUAUUCUAAAACAGGAGAUAUUAUUGAAUUUGUAUGUAAAAGUGGAUAUCAUAAAAAGACACCACAUCAUACAUUUCGAAUAACCUGUCAGGAAGGGAAACUGGAAUAUCCCACUUGUGUAAAAAACAAUGGCUAAA